CUGCGUGGGCAGCAGUGCAAGCUAGAAGCCUUGUUCCAUACUUGCUCACUAGUUAGCUAGGACAUGGAAAAGUCUGAGCUCUUGCUAGGAUCGUAUUCAUAUGCAGCUCUAUGUGGUGUCACACUCAUCAUAGGAUGGUUAGCUCACUGGGUAUACAAAUGGAUGAAUCCUCCAUGCAUUGGGAGGCUUCCUCCUGGCUCCAUGGGCUUCCCUAUUAUUGGUGAGACCUUCCAGUUCUUCAGAGCAAGCCCAUCAAUAGACAUGCCAAGCUACUACAAGCAAAGACUGGAGAGGUAUGGGCCUCUAUUCAAGACUAGCUUAGUUGGACGGCCAGUGAUCAUUUCCCUUGACCCAGAGGUGAACCGAUUCAUAUUUCAACAAGAGGGUAAAUUGUUCCAAAGUUGGUAUCCAGAAACUGCAAUUAAUAUCUUUGGCAAGAAGAGCCUCACCACAUACAACGGAACCAUUCACAAGUUUAUCCGGGGUGUCGCGGCCAAGCUCUUUGGCCUUGAAAACCUGAAAGAAUCACUCCUUCCUGAGCUAGAAAACUCUAUGAGGGAGAGCUUCGCAUCAUGGACUGGGAAACCCAGCGUCGAGGUACAGGACGGCGUGUCAGACAUGAUCUUUGACCUAGUUGCCAAGAAGUUGAUCGGACUCGAUGUCACCAACUCAAGAGAAUUGAGAAAGAACUUUCAGGACUUCUUUCAGGGGAUGGUUUCCUUCCCAAUAUAUUUUCCAGGGACAUCAUUCUACCGAUCCAUGCAGGGUAGGAGAAAUGUGCGGAACACACUUACUGAUAUAAUGAAAGAGAGGCUAAGUGCACCUGGAAAGAAGUAUGGUGACCUUGUAGACCUCAUUGUUGAAGAGCUACAGAGCGAAAAGCCAAUGAUCGAUGAAAACUUUGCUAUAGACGCACUUGCUGCGCUCUUGUUUACGAGCUUUGCAACACUGUCAUCAACCUUGACUGUAGCUUUUAAGUACCUAACCGACAAUCCAAAAGUUGUUGAAGAGCUCAAGGAGGAGCACGGGACAAUUCUAAAGAAGCGAGAAGGUGUGAAUUCCGGGUUCACAUGGGAGGAGUACAGGUCCUUGAAAUUCAGUACUCAGGUUAUGAAUGAAAUUACUCGAAUUAGUAACGUCACACCUGGAGUUUUCAGGAAAACAUUAACAGAUGUGCAAGUGAAAGGAUAUACAAUUCCAUCCGGGUGGUUAGUCAUGAUAAGCCCCAUGGCAGUUCACCUAAACCCAAAAUUGUUCGAGGAUCCACUUAAAUUUGAUCCAUGGAGGUGGAGGGAGGAGAAGAGAAGCUCGAUGCUGAAAAAUUACAUGCCAUUUGGAGGAGGCGUCAGGCUGUGUCUCGGGGCAGAGUUUAGCAAGCUUUUCAUUGCACUCUUCCUCCACAUCUUGGUGACCGAGUAUAGUUGGACGGAGAUUGAAGGAGGGGAAGUACUGCGCAUAUCAGAGAUCAUGUUCCCUCAAGGCUAUCACAUCCAACUAGUUCCUCAGACUUAAUAUACCUAUUGGAUAUUCCACUGUUGUAAUAAUAAAGAAAUUGUGAACCCAAUAACUUGUUGCGUAUGAUAUCUAUAUUGUAACUAUGAAAUAAACAGCUCGUGUGUCUUCAGUUUCAGACUGUGUCAAAAAGUAUUAUUGGAACAAAGGGUGGAAAAUCUAAGGCAUCUGAAGCUAGAGCACCUCCUUUAUCUAGCAUUCGGACCCUAUGCAACUAUGCAGCCCUUGGUUAUUAAUGUACUACCUCCGUUUUUUAAUAGAUGACGCUGUUGACUUU